CACACAGCAACUCAAAGGGAAAGUGGAAUUGUAACUCUCUGUUAGCAGGUCUUGGAUCAAGUCAGAUGCUAUUUAAUGGUGAUGAAAAGUGCCAUGAAUUAAGAAACCAAGAGCUUCAAAACUGUCAGGGCAAAUUCAUUUAAUCCAGAAAGGAUUACCUGAAAUCUGGAGACUUUUGUUUAAAAGUGAUUGUGCCAAAGCACAAUGGCUACCCGUUUUAUUUUAUUUGUAGCAUGGAUGGCAUGCCUUAUGGUUGGUGUUUGUUGUCAGGAUUCCCAAACACAGCAGAAUUUUCCAGACAUUUCAAAUCCAUCUCAAGAGCUAAAUCAAGAGCCAGCUCAUCGCAUUGUACAGCUGGAUUCUAUCCAAAAUAAUGGAGCACUCAACAUGUCCACUGGCAAUGUAUUAAACAUGUCCCCACCUCCACCAUCUCCCUGUGUAUCCAGAGCUAAGAUCAGACAUGCCUUCAAAUAUGUCACAACCAUUUUAUCCUGUGUCAUUUUCCUUGUGGGAAUUGUCGGCAAUUCUACACUGCUUAGAAUCAUUUACAAGAACAAAUGCAUGAGGAACGGACCCAAUGUUCUCAUUGCCAGUCUUGCUUUGGGGGAUCUUUUCUACAUCCUAAUUGCUAUUCCUAUCCAUAUCUAUAAGCUUCUGGCUGAGCACUGGCCAUUCGGAGUACAUAUAUGCAAACUGGUGCCAUUUAUACAGAAGGCCACCGUUGGUGUUACAGUUUUGAGUCUGUGCGCUCUCAGUAUAGACAGGUACAGGGCAGUUGCCUCCUGGAAUCGAAUUCGGGGCAUUGGAAUCCCUGUUAGGAAAGCUAUAGAACUGACACUGAUAUGGGCUGUGGCAAUCAUUCUUGCUGUCCCUGAAGCGAUUGCCUUCAACCUUGUUGAACUGGAUUUUAGGGGGCAAACAAUUUUGGUCUGCAUGUUGCCAAUGGAACAAACAUCAGAUUUUAUGAGGUUUUACCAGGAAGUCAAAGUUUGGUGGCUCUUUGGAUUUUAUUUCUGCUUGCCACUGGCUUGUACUGGAGUCUUCUACACACUAAUGUCCUGUGAGAUGUUGAGUAUAAAGAAUGGCAUGAGGAUAGCUUUGAAUGAUCAUAUGAAACAGCGAAGAGAAGUUGCUAAGACUGUGUUCUGCCUGGUAGUGAUUUUCGCCCUAUGCUGGCUGCCUCUUCACGUAAGCAGUAUUCUUAAAAAAACAGUGUAUGAUGGCAGAGAUCCAAACAGGUGUGAACUACUCAGCUUCUUUAUGGUUAUGAACUACAUUGGGAUAAAUAUGGCCUCACUUAACUCUUGCAUCAACCCCGUGGCACUCUACUUUGUCAGCAGGAAGUUCAAAAAUUGCUUCCAGUCCUGCCUUUGCUGCUGGUGCCACAGACCAACACUUACCAUCACACCCAUGGAUGAAAAAGGUUCUGGUGGAAAGUGGAAAGCCAAUGGGCAUGAUCUAGUCCUGGACCGAAGCAGUUCUCGGUUAUCUAACAAGUACAGCUCUUCAUGAAAAAUCUAAUAGCAGGCUAUUAGUCAUGAUCUUGGAAUGAACACCCAAUGUUUCUUCUUGACCUCAGUUCUGUUUAGUUUAGUGUUUCAGAGCUGUGACAAGCAGUUUAAUGACCUGCAUCCAUCCACCACAGAGCUGCAUUUUGGGAAAUACAUUCUUCUCAAACUUCAAAGGACUCUACUGUUUAUAUGAUGUUUAUAAAAUGAUUACAUACUGGGACACCGCCAUACAAGCUCCUUAUGUACAGUAUCAUGUUAUAAUCAUACAUCAAACUGACAAAUCUGAUUGGACAAAUAUCAUCCAAGUGACUGGAUCACUAGAAGUAUUGUUGACCUGGUUGGUAUUGAAUCUACUUAUGCAUAAAGUGUUGAGUGUAUUUGUGGGUGUGUAUGAGAGGAGAGAGAUACAGUUAUAGAAGCACUUAUUAAAAAGCAUAUUUGACCAAUCUUGCCAAUUCCACAACUGCUUUAUUCUAUGAACUGCAACUCCCAGUUUUCUUGCUUUAUAACCUGUAAUUCUUUAUUAUUGAACGUUAAAACCUCAAUCUGCUGCCGAGGUAGAAGGCUGUUAAGGGGUAACCAAACAACAGAGCUGGAUUUUGGCAGGAUAGUAAAGUCUUCAUGUGCAGCAAAGCCUAUCAAAGCAUUUUUUUUAUUGGAAAAAGAUGUCACAAUGUCAUAUAUAAAUGAAGUGGCAUUUUGGGACAUGGUGAGCAAUCUGAGCCAAAUGUUCAAUGUAAAAAGGUUUGAUAUGUAUCGCUUUGUUUGAAGUUGUCUAUUUAAAAAGUCUGCUCUAUUUUUGUUGUGGACCUUAUAACGAGCUAUGGCUGGCCUUGACCAAGAACCAAAAAAAUGCAGAGCUUAAGCCCAAGUGUGAUGAAAACUUGAGAGAUGCUGAAAAAAUGAAGGGCUGGAAUGGAUGAACUCAAUGGAUGAAGUCUCAAUGUAUGUUAAUUGUAACACAGCAAACAUAAAAACAAUCUUUUUUAACAGAUACUAAAAAGUGCAGCAUAUGGCCAAUGAAAAAAAAGUAUUCAUAAAGCCAAGAAAUAUAGUAGCACAGAGGUACCCAACCGCAGGGCCAAGGACCAGUAGUGGGCUGUGGGCUAUGCCGAACUGGGCACCUCUGGUCAUGGCUGCUAUAAUAGCUGCAAAAAAAAUUAAAAAGCCCACAAAUACCUGCAAUCCCAGAUCCCUGAUGUCACCAUGACAACAGCAAUGAUGAAGCCCUGGAAGCAUUUUACUGAUCGCCUGAAGGACCAAAAUACUGUUUGGACGGUAGCCUGAAAUGCUCCCACACAUGACAGGGAUUAUUCUUAAGGAGAUAAAAUAGUCACUUUACGUAGUACACAGAACGGUGGCAUGCUGCAUAGUUGCACAUACCCUCUGCAUAUUGAUCAUUGUCAGAAAAAAAAACAUUUUUAUACAAGGGCUCAAAUUCCUAGAUAUGUGCUACUGUCUAUAGUAUGUGUAGAUUUGAUAUGUUGUAAAUAGAUGUAUACCAAAAGUAUUUUGGACAAAUUUUUGUAGCAGUUACUAUGAUAUUAAUGCAGUUUGUGACUUUCCCUAUCAAUAGACCAAUCAUUGCUUUUCUUUCUAUUAUUAAACAGCUUAAUACCUGAA